AAUGCUUCGAUUAUAUAUUUAGUUUACAAUGCAUACAUAUAACUAUAUCAAUGGCCUAAAUUCAAUGUUUUUCUUGUCACACAAUGUCAAACCAUGAACCCUAAAUCUAUACCUAACUAACAUAUAACAAUGAUAAUUGAAAUUAAUGGUCAAAAAUGACCUAACACCACUUAAAAUAGGAAUUAGAGCAUCAAAAUAUCGGAUUCACUUCGAUUUCCGCCGGCUAGAGACGUUGGGCGUCGCUGAGAGUGAGAGAGUGAGCGAGGUGGAAGUGAAGUUUCUGCCGCCUGGAACAUGUAUCCAAGGCAAAGACACGAGAGCGUCACGCGUGUUUAAACAAAGACGCGAGAGUGUCACGCGUGUUUACACAAAGACGCGAGAGUGUCACGCGUGUUUACACAAAGACGCAAGAUCAUCAUGCGUGUUUAUAAAAGACGCGAGAGGCUCACGUGUCUUUCCCAUCACGGGAAAUGUUUUUUUCCGAGUACAAAUGGCGGAUAUCGACUCUCACGACGUACAUUCGUGGAAUUUACCCCGUUUCCGUUGGGUGUUAUCUUUCGCCCCGCCUCUUCUGGUCUCGGCGACUCCGCACGUUGCAAGAGCUGGAGCAGCCAAAGCCGCCUCCACCCCCUACGGUAAACAGCAGAUAAUCAUGGAGUCACGGAGUCAAUCGCUGCAACUAACGAGCAUUUUCAUUGGUCUGUGACGCAAUCCUGGGGUAACGUUAUGAAAACUUCUAUGGACUUGCCUUUUUAGAGCUGAUCUAGAGUGAUACCAAAC